UUCUCGAUCGAUGGCGCGGUCAAUAUUGACAGGUGGUGCUUUCGUGGUGGUCCUUUUAUUUGCUAAUGUUUCAGGGGAGAUCAUCAGGACGAAGCAGGAAUUCGAUAAUUUCCUACAAACCUUAGAAGAUCAUACUGAGCUCUCACAAAAGAACCCUUCGAAAAAGUCAAAAACUUUGUACGACUAUCAAACUCGUAAGGCAGCCUACAAAGACUUGACAAAUUCCAGAUGUCUGCUUAGAAAUCUCAAUGAAAGUCACGGUAAUGAAAAUGUUUUCCAAGAAAAUGGAAAAUUGGUUUUGCCCAAAAACUCCGCAUUAUCUGAUCAGCUUACAAAGCGACAGAUUUACACUUUGGGAGGACCAAGGAUAACUGAAUUCUGCAGCGGUUUUCCGGUGUAUUUAAUUCAAGAAAUGAAUAACGACAAUGAAAAUUACAUGAACGAUAUAUUUGUCGAAACUAAUGAAAAUUUUAGAAGACGAAGAUCCACAAGGCACUAUUUUAGAGGACGAGUUAGGGGACAAACCCAGUCUCAAUAUUUGAAUUUUGGUCAAAACACUGAACCUGGAAAAGCUGAGGCUGAAUCCACUUACGAAGGUUCCCGAGCAGUAGUUAGUGGAAGCAGUGGAAUGGGUCAAGCUCAAAGUCAAAGUAGUCCAUUUGACUGCGGGGAUUGCGGUCCUGGUGGAGAUCAAGAACAAACUUUACACUUCAGACCGGGAGGUAUUGAAAAUGAAGAAUUUUCCUAUGAAAGACCUGGUGCUGUUGGACCAGGGGGUAGAGAUCAAGGUGGCAGAGGGACAGGAGAUGGCAGAAGACCAGGUGGUGAAAGUGGAUUUGGACCAGGUGGCGCAAGGCCAAGAAUUGAGGUUGGAAAUCAAUAUGGACCUGGUGAAGGAUAUGGAUCAACUAGUAGAAGGCCCACCACUGGGGUAGAUGGUUAUGGUCCUGGAGAACGCCGGCCAGGUCAAAUUGAAGGUGAUCGAGGUUACGGGCAUAUCGGUGAAGAUGGAGUAGGUGCAAUUGGAAGUAGACCAGGAGUUUCCGGUCCGGAUGGUAGGAAACCUGGCACUUUAUACCCUUCAGGCAAGGCACCUGGUUACGGACCUGGGUUAGACGGUGGAAUUGGGGAACCAUCAGGACAAUUUGGAAGAACGCCUGGAGUUACAGAUGGCAGAUACAGGCCCGGAGGAGAGGGUGCAGCAAUUAAACCUGCUUAUGGGCCUGAUCAAAAACCGGGCGGUGCUGGGGAAGGUUACAUUCCAGGAGGAAGACCUGGUAGUACUGAAGGCAAAUAUUAUGGUCCAAGUGGAAGACCAGGCCUGGUGCCUGGUGAAGAUUACGGGUCAGAAGGAAGACCUGACAUUGGAGGUUAUGUACCAGCAGGAAGACCAGGCACUGGGACAAGAGGUCCCGGUGCACCUGGUACUGGGGAUGAAAGUUACGGCCCAGAAGGAAGGCCAAGUACCGGAGGUAGGGGUUACAUUCCAGCAGGGGGGCCUGGUACUGGGUCAGUAGGGAGACCAGUUGGCGAAGAUGGAGCUUACGGCCCAGGGGGAAGAUUGGGGACUGAUGGUGAAGGUUAUAGACCAGGAAAAAGACCAGGUGCUGGUGAUUAUGGCACAGGAGGAAGACCUGGAAUUGGUUAUGGACCAGAAGGAAGACCAGGUGGUGGCGAUCAGUACGGCCCAGGAGGAAGACCAGGUGGUGGCGAUCAGUACGGCCCAGGAGGAAGACCAGGUAGUCGCGUUCAGUACGGCCCAGAAGGAAGACCAGGCGGUAGCGAUCAGUAUGGCCUAGGAGGAAGACCAGGCAGUGGCGAUCAGUAUGGGCCAGAAGGAAGGCCAGGCACUGGCGUUCAGUAUGGACCAGAAGGAAGGCCUGGUAGUGAAAGUGGAGGUUACAGACCAGGUGGAAGGCCAGGUACGGGAAGAAUUCAAGGAGGAAUUUCUGAUGGCUUAGGAGGAUCAGGAGGAAAAUUUCAAGGUGAACUCGAAGGUGGAUACCAAGAAACUGGGGGUCGUCGUGGCAAAUUCUCAGGAACUUUUAGUGGUGAUUUCCAAGUAGAUCACUCUGGACGACCAGGGCAAGGACUAGGAAGUGGCGGAUAUGGACCUAGUGAUUAUGUUUCUGGACAUCGACCUAGUGAUCAACAGCCAGGAGGUAUUACAGGAGCAGGUUAUGAUCAACGACCUGGAGAACGUGUUCAACCAGUCGGACCAGAUAGGUAUAGGCCAGGUGGAGACAGGUAUGCACCAGGAUCUGGAAGUACUGGAGCUUAUGCACCAGCCGCUGGAGGAUACAGACCAGGUACUGGAGGAAGAGGUUAUGGAACUGAGCAAGGCGGUAGCGGUGGUUAUGGACCGGCAAGAGAUUCUGGUGGUUACGAUCUAGGAGGUGGUGAUGCAGGCGGUACUUAUGGACCUGGAGCCAGUGGUGGUGGUACUGGCGGUUAUGCACCGGGUGCUGGGGGUGCUGGUAUUUAUAGGCCUGGAGGAACAGAGGGAGUUCCACCGGCACAAUUUUCCAGGCCCGGUUCUCCAGUAGAUAGAUAUGGUCCCGCUUCAGGUGGCUAUAUUCCUGGUAGUUUUGGCCCAGGCGAAAGGGGUUAUGGACCGAGCGGCCAUGGUCCCAGUAGUGGAGCAACAGGCAGUUAUGGUCCUGGGACUGAAGCAGGUUAUGUUCCCGGCACUGGUAGAGAUGAUUAUGGCUCCGGAACUAGACCGGGUGAUUACCGUCCUGGAACUGGAGCAGGUGGUUAUGGUCCAGGAACUGGUGUGGGUGGAUAUGGUUCUGGAACUGGUGUGGGUGGAUAUGGUCCUGGAACUGGUGUGGGUGGAUAUGGUCCUGGAACUGGUGUGGGUGGAUAUGGUCCUGGGUCUGGUACAGGAAGCUAUAGUCCUGGUACUGAUGUAAGUGGUUAUGGACCUGGAAGUGGUGUAGGGGACUAUGGCCCAGGAAGUGGUGCAGGAGGUUAUGGUCCUGGAACUGGUGCAGGAGAUUAUGCUCCUGGAACUAGUGGUGGUUACGGUCCUGGUGCCGGAAGAGGGUAUGGUCCUGGAACUAGCCCUAGCAGUUAUGGUCCAGGUGCUGGUUCAGGCGGUUAUGGCCCAGGAACUGGAGCAGGUGGUGUAAUUGGUCAAGGAGAAGGUGUAGGAGGUCAUGGACCAGGUAUUGGCGACUAUGGAGGUCAAGGAGGAGCUUAUAGACCAGGAGUAGGUGACCAAGUUGAAGGAACAGGAAAACCGGGACAACACGGUGAUAGGUAUCAUGAAGAUGCAUCAGAUGACGGAGACUCCCAAGUACUCACAUCAAUCCAACAAAAUGAAAAAAAUGAAACAGAAGCACAAGCACAAGCUCAGGGAAAAUAUCAUGGCGGAACAUCUCAAUCCCAAGUAUCUGGCAGUUAUUCAGGAUCAGGUUCGUUCAGUGCUUCGGCAGGCUCCGACGAUGGCAAACGCGGUGCUCAGACUCAAGUGUCAGGUGGUAAAGAGGGUGCUCAGAGUUCCGCCCAAGGUCGGGGCGGUUUGGGACAGUCCCAGGCUCAAGUGAUAUAUUCUUCGGAGACAGGCGAUACAAUGUCGGGGGCGCAAAGUGGUGGAUCGACACAUGGCUCACAAACACAGGUUCAAGCUAGUGGGAAAGGGGGAAUGGCGGAUGCGCAAGCAAACGGCCCUGGGGCUACUUCAUCACAAGCACAAAUAGCAUUUUCUCCGAAUGAUGGUACCGACUCGCCCCCUCCAAGAGCUGGAGGUUCAGCAAGUGCUCAAGGUGGAACAUAUUCGGGGCAAUCGCAAUCACAAAUCCAAGGCACAUUUAAUCGAGGUAUAAGAUACACAGGUGGAGCCCAGGCUGGAUCUGGGGGAGCUUAUGGAAAAGGCUCUACUAAUUCUACUACCAGAACAUUCGAAUUUAAACCCUUCACUCCAGUAAAAUUUAAUACCCCACAGAUUCAGAAAAAUACAGCCACAACUGAUGUCCAAAUUUCAAAAGUACGAUCAAAUUCAGAUGAAGAUGUGAGGACUGACAGUCCAGUUGAUAAUGAUCAAUAUCCUGAGUAUGAUGAAGAUUAUGAUGAUUCGACGACCACAGUACCACAAACGAGAAGUAUAGACGGAACAGAAGCUAAAAGAACUCAAGUGAUCUCACAAGAAACCAAGACACAGAAGCAACACAUAGUUUUGGAUCCGUUAGAAGAUUUAGAUGCCACCGUACAUCAAAGUACCGGAAACUUCCCUAAACACGGCACAAUUUUACAACCUGGAGAGUUAAUACCGGGUUCACCCGGACAGCGGAUACCAAACGGGUUUAGAGGAAAAGUUCACUCUUUCACAAGAGGUAAAAACACUUACGCAAUAGGCCAAAACUCUUUGGCGCAAAGCGUUAGUCUAACGCCGGGUAGCGGUAAGGUACUUUACAGGAGUCCUAUUUAUGCAGUUGGUACAAAAACAACCCAAUUCAAAAAUGGUCAGUAUGGUUUUGGUACUGUAUACAGCUACCAACCCGCCCAAUACCAUGUCAAAAGCGGUACCGCUUUACCGAACUUUCAUUCCGUAACCAAAUCAGAAACUGGUUCAAAGAAUGUUGUCACCGGUCAAAAAACACCCAGUGUUUACUACACUCAAAGCUCGAGCUGUGGAGUUUUCACCAAUAAUUGUGUUUUCACCGCAAGUGGAAAAUUAUGCACGCCUAAGCCAAAAAACAACGCAGAUGGCUGUUAAAAAUGUAUUAUUCUUAGUUUUAUUAAGUUUUUGAAUAGUGUUCAAUAUUUUUAAUAAAAUAUAUUUAAUAUUUA